AUGACGGUUUACACCGAUGGCUCCUGUGAGGACAAUGGAAAACUCACCGCACGUGCAGGAAGCGGGAUCUACAUCAAACCGGAUCACCCUAACAACCGAGCUAUUCGAGUCCCAGGCCCACUGCAAUCAAACCAAGUGGGAGAACUCGUGGCGGUCAUUGCCGCCCUACAGGAUAUUCCUCCAUUUGUCCCGAUCACCAUUGCAACAGACUCCAUGUAUGUAAUAGAUGGGCUCACCAAACACCUGGGGCACUGGGAAGACAUAGGUUGGCUUGGAGUGGCAAACAGCCAAUUCUUCCAGGCUGCAGCAUACCAACUCCGCCGUCGUUCAGCCAGAACGUCCUUCCAAUGGGUGAAAGGACACGACAACAACCCUGGAAACGAAGCCGCCGAUGCCUUAGCAAAACAAGGGUCGGAAAAAGAUGCCGCGGACCAAAUUGAUCUGACAGUCCCAACAAAUUUCACAAUACAGGGAGCGAAACUGUCUUGCCUCACCCAAGCGAUAGCUUACCGGGGAGUGCGCGCGAGGCGCGCACUGACAGUGACCCCACGCCAGGGAGCAGUGAUCAAUCUUGACAGAACCCGCUAUGGGCUCGAAGAAGUUACACACAGCCUGGAAACGGAUCAGCAAAUCUGGCUCUCGUGGCAUAACAAAAACCUGAGAGCAGAAGUCCGACAAUUCACUCACAAAGCCUUGCAUCGCACACAAAAGGUGGGGGAUUACUGGACUCCUAUAGAUGGGUAUCAAUACCGUGCGAUCUGCCCCUUCUGCAAAGACACCACAGAAUCCAUGGAACACAUCUGGUUAGAGUGUGAUACACCAGAAAGGGCACUAAUCUGGAAACUCGCAAAACAACUAUGGCCCCGAGCCCAUGGUGAAUGGUCAAACCUCCCCUUUGGAGCGAUCCUUGGCAGUGGGAAAUUGACUCUCCCCCCGGCCGCCACACACAUGCCGGGAAGCGAGUCAGACGGCGGCGAGAUUAAGCAGCAACGAGCGGGAGCAUCCCGGCUCCUCCAAAUCCUCGUCUCGGAAUCCGCGUACCUCAUAUGGACACUAAGAUGCCAGAGAGUGAUACAAGGCAACACCCACUCCCUCGCUGCAAUAAAUACUAGAUGGACAAAUGCUAUCAACAGACGCCUUACAACAGACCGGGUUACAGCAGCAAAACUAACUAGAAAACCUAAAUUUGAACAAACCGUUGCCAAUACCUGGAAAGGCACACUCCGGGGCGAACAACAACUCCCAAAGGAUUGGAUGAUGAAUGAUGAGGUUUUAGUGGGUAUUAGAACUGUCCAGGCCUCCUAG